UCACCUCACAAAUCUCUAGGCCUGCUGUGCCAGUGAAGAGCUCACCCCGAUCUCAGCUUUCCUGAUACGGGUUCUAAUUCCUUCGUAAUUUCGGACGGAUCCAGGCCUUGAUCGGCGCCCGGUUUGCUUUCGUAGGAGCCGCGAUGGCGUUAGCGUUCGACGAGUUCGGGCGGCCGUUCAUAAUCAUACGCGAGCAGGAGACCAAGUCGCGCGUGAAGGGCCUGGCGGCGCAGAAGGCGAACAUCCUCGCCGCCAAGUCCGUCGCGAAGAUCCUCCGCAGCUCGCUCGGGCCCAAGGGGAUGGACAAGAUGCUCCAGAGCGGCGACGGCGACGUCACUAUAACGAACGACGGCGCGACGAUCCUGGAGCAGAUGGAGGUGGAGAACCGUGUUGGGCGGCUGAUGGUGGACCUGUCCAAGAGCCAGGACUUCGAGAUCGGCGACGGCACCACGGGGGUUGUCGUCACCGCGGGGGCUCUUCUCGAGCAGGCCGAGUCAUUGUUGGACCGCGGCAUCCACCCGAUCCGCGUGGCGGAGGGGUACGAGAUGGCGUCCAAGAUCGCGGCGGCGCAUCUGGACGCCAUCGCCGAGACGUUUGAGUUCUCGAGGGACAACUUCGAGCCGCUCGUCGAGACGUGCAUGACGACGCUCUCGUCCAAGAUUGUGGGGCGCUGCAAGCGGCAGAUGGCAGAAAUCGCAGUGCAGGCGGUCCUCGCAGUGGCGGACUUGGAGCGGCGCGACGUGAACCUGGAGCUGAUCAAGGUGGAGGGCAAGACGGGCGGGCGGCUGGAGGAGACCGAGCUCGUCCGAGGCAUCAUCGUGGACAAGGACUUCAGCCACCCGCAGAUGCCGAAAAGGAUCGAAAAUGCCAAGAUCGCGAUCCUGACGUGCCCGUUUGAGCCGCCCAAGCCCAAGACUAAGCAUAAGGUUGAUAUUGACACGGUGGAGAAGUACCAGCGGCUGCAGGAGUCGGAGCGGAAGUACUUCGACGAUAUGGUGCAGCAGUGCAAGGACGCAGGAGCGACCCUGGUGAUCUGCCAGUGGGGAUUCGAUGACGAGGCCAACCAUCUGCUCAUGCACCGCGGGCUGCCGGCCGUGCGCUGGGUGGGCGGCGUGGAGCUGGAGCUGAUCGCCAUCGCCACUGGCGGCCGCAUCGUGCCUCGAUUCCAGGAGCUCACCCCCGAGAAGCUCGGCAAGGCCGGAGUGGUGCGGGAGAAGGCGUUCGGCACGACCAAGGACCGCAUGCUGUACAUCGAGGGGUGCGCCAACUCACGUGCGGUCACCAUCUUCAUCCGCGGAGGCAGCAAGAUGAUGGUGGAGGAGACCAAGCGCAGUCUGCACGACGCGCUCUGUGUGGCGCGCAACCUCAUUCGCGACAACCACAUUGUGUACGGCGGGGGCUCAGCGGAGCUCACAUGCUCACUGGCUGUUGAAGCUGCUGCUGACAAGGUCCCGGGGGUGGAGCAGUACGCCAUGAGGGCAUUCGCUGAGGCGCUAGAGGUGGUGCCCAUGGCACUCGCAGAGAAUAGCGGGCUGCCGCCCAUCGACACUGUCUCCAGCAUCAAGGCGCAGCAAGUCAAGGAGAACUGCCCAUACUUGGGAGUGGAUUGCAUGGAUGCGGGCACGAAUGACAUGCGCAAGCAGAAGGUCUUUGAGACACUGAUUGGCAAGAAGCAACAGCUGUUGCUCGCCACACAGGUUGUGAAGAUGAUUCUCAAGAUAGAUGAUGUCAUCUCGCCUUCUCAAUAUGAGUGACCUGCACCAAUAAUUAGGAGAGAUUAGAGGUUUACUGAAGUGAUAUUUUGUUUGACAUAGUUUUUAGUUGAACAACAGGUAUACUGCAAUAGCCUGAACCGUGUGUCACGUACCGGUAUCGAAGAGACGACUAUCCGUACGACGCAGGGAUGCAGGCAGACGGACACCGUUAUUUGAAUCGAGUUGUUUUGGCGGCGGUUGUCGAGUCGGUUUGCAUUAUGCCGGACU